AUGGCUCAAAGAACCACCAUAACAAAAUCAAACAUUGAGAAUAGUAAGACUACUUUAAAGGCUAAGGAUCAUUCAAGUCAAAGGGAGGCUACUGAUCAAUAUCAUCAUCGAAUCAAGCCUGUUCUAUCUAUGGCUGAAACCUUAAAGGAGAAGGUAGCCAAAUCAACAAAGCCAAACAUCAACAAGACAAUGAUAACCCCUGAAGUUACAUUGAUUAAUGGAAUCAAAGUCAAGAUAAAUUGCAAGAAUAGUGUAAAAUUGGCUAAAAACUUUGGAGAUUAUGAGAAGAAAAGGCUAGAAGGUCUUGAAUGGCAGAAAUUUGCGAGAAUACUAAAGAAUGUCAAUGGAGAUAUCAAGUUUGAUUUAAAGAUUGUAGAAUUCACUCCUGAAAAUCAAGUCAAGGGAGAUGUAGGCUAUACUUGUAAACACAGAAGAUCUCAUUGCAUACAUCAUGAAGAAUUGAAGAAGGCUUUUAUAACUUGGCCAUUCUGCUCUAAGCAAUUAUCAAACAAGUACGAAAAUUACACCAUUCCUGUCACAAAAAGAGAGGUUCCUUUGUUGGAUCAUGGUUCAUUUCUAGAUGUUAGAGAUAUUGAUUCAAAUAUUCCUGAUGAAAUAACAAUUAGAGACUUGAUUCCUGAGCAACAGAAUGGAGCACUCAUCAAAUUAAGCAAUCCUUCUAAGGUUAUGGAACUUCUCAAAUCUCAUUUCAGGCCAUCCCCUCAUAGUAUGUGGAGAAAGAAAUCAAGUGAGGAAGGUGUCUCAUUCGGAACUGUUUACAAAAUGGAUGAAAUCACCAAUCUAAAAUGGAAGUCUGACUCUUAUGCUGAGAUUAUUGAUGCUAUGAAAAUUGUUUCAAAUGACGAACACAACUUCCUCUCUCAGUGCAUUACAACAAUAGGAAUGAAAAAUGGAGUCGAGGUACCACUAUUAUUCAAAGUAGACAAGAUGCAUAUCAAGGUGGAAAGUUGUAGAAAGGGAUCUGCAACUAUUCCACCUGGUCUUCGAAAGUGCCUUUCCAUCAUUUCUAAUAGCUUUGGUGGCCCUGUUUACUAA